AUGGCUUUUUCCUCCAUUGAUGUUGUUUUCUUGGUUUUUGCAGCUCGUGCUUUGUUGCACCUAGACAGGUCUGUGAAGAAUAAUCGCGAAAGGACUCGAAUGGAUUACCGACCUUCUGAUAGUAGUGGUACGGAUGAUGACCUACCUCCAUCACAUCAGAGUAGAUAUCAAAGGAGCGGCAGACCUGCUGGUAAUGGCAGGCCUUCAGUUCUAAAUUCUGCUCCUUUAUCAAGGGUGCACAAUGACAUGGAAACUCAAAUUCAUCUCAUUGAGCAAGAAGCGUAUAGCUCAAUACUCCGUGCAUUUAAAGCCCAGUCUGAUGCUAUUACCUGGGAGAAAGAAAGUUUGAUCACUGAACUAAGAAAAGAACUUCGGGUGUCUGAUGAAGAACACAGAGAGCUGUUAUCAAGGGUUAAUGCUGACGAAAUGAUUAGGCGAAUAAGAGAGUGGAGAAAGGGGAACAGCCUUCAGACCAGUGUCCCCCAGAUGGUUCAUGAGACUGCUCCGAGUCCAGCUGUAUCAGGAUCACGUAAGAAACAAAAGACAUCACAAUCAAUCGCCUCGUUAGCGAUGGGCCCACCAUCUCCUGCUUUACACCCCUCGAUGCAACCGUCUUCAUCUGCACUUAGAAGGGGAGGUCCUCCACCAGGUCCAAAGACCAAGAAGACAAAGACAUCGAUGCAGUACCAAGCUACAGGCAUUGCUGGAAGGCCCCAGGCUGGCACUUUAACGAAUGAACCCGGUGAAUCGGGAUCAUAUGACCCAUUGAUUGGAAGGAAGGUAUGGACAAAGUGGCCUGAGGACAACCAUUUCUAUGAAGCUGUUAUAACUGACUACAACCCUGUUGAGGGGCGGCAUGCGUUAGUGUAUGAUAUCAACACUGGAAAUGAAACUUGGGAAUGGGUAAAUCUAAAAGAGAUAUCUCCGGGAGAUAUCAGAUGGGAAGGUGAGGAUCCUGGGGUUUCUCGUAAAGGAGGACAUCCUGGGCAAGGUCGUGGAACUACGAAAUCCAUGGCUCGUGGUGGUCCUGCCGGUGGUAGAGGUAGGGGAGGCAUGAAAACGCAGCAGCCCAAGACACAGAACGGUAUCGGGAAGAAAACUUUAGGCGACAUUGAAAUACUCCACACGGAUACACUAAUAAAAGAGGUAGAAAAAGUUUUUGGGUCAGUUAACCCCAACCCAGCAGAAGUAGAGAAAGCCAAAAGAGUGCUGAGAGAUCAUGAACAAGCUCUCGUGGACGCAAUCGCAAAGCUUGAAGAGAUGUCAGAUGGAGAAAGCGGUAAUAUUUGA